UUGAUUAAAAGUGUUGCGUUCCAUUGCAGCUAAAACGUACGAUAUUGAUGUGGCAAGAGCAUUUUGGCGGGAAAUAAGACAAAUCGUUUAGUGCAAAAUUGAAAACAUGGAACAAAAUGGAAAAGCACAUAUUAUCGAUGAGACCACGAAAAAUGAGGAAGAGUAUCAAUAUUUAAAUAUAAUUAAAAAAAUAAUGGAAGAGGGUGCUUUAAAAUCAGAUCGUACAGGUGUGGGAACUCGUUCCAUUUUUGGCACCCAAAUGCGUUUUAGUUUGAGAGAUGGGGUAUUUCCAUUAUUGACAACCAAACGUGUAUUUUGGCGGGGAGUGGUCGAGGAAUUACUUUGGUUCAUUAGAGGUUCAACAAAUGCAAAAGAAUUAUCUGAAAAAGAUGUACACAUUUGGGAUGCUAAUAGUUCACGUGAAUUUUUGGAUUUAUGUAAAUUCACCGAUCGAGAAGAGGGAGAUUUAGGCCCUGUGUAUGGCUUUCAAUGGAGACACUUUGGAGCAAAAUAUAUAAAUAUGCACACAGAUUAUAGAAAUCAAGGUAUUGAUCAAUUAAAAGAUGUAAUUGAUAAAAUACAAAGCACACCUGAUGAUAGGCGAAUAAUAAUGUGUGCUUGGAAUCCAAUUGACAUUCCAAAAAUGGCUCUUCCUCCUUGUCAUAUUCUUGUUCAAUUUUAUGUAGCCGAUGGUGAACUUUCUUGUCAACUUUACCAAAGAAGCGCCGAUAUAGGUCUCGGUGUGCCAUUUAACAUUGCUUCUUAUUCUUUAUUGACAUACAUGAUUGCUCAUAUAACAAAUUUAAAGCCAGGAGAAUUUAUUCAUACAAUGGGUGACUGCCAUGUGUAUCUCAACCAUAUGUCAGUACUGAAAGAACAAAUCACCCGUAUACCAAAAAAAUUUCCAAAAUUGCAAAUAACAAGAAAAGUGGAGAACAUUGAUGACUUUAAGCCAAGUGAUUUCCAAUUAAAUGAUUAUCAUCCUCAUGCAAAACUUUCUAUGCCAAUGGCUGUUUAAUAUUUUAAAUGUAAGAGGGAACUAAGUAUUACAAGGUCUUUUAUGAAUAACUAUACUUUUAUUUUCUAAUAAAAAUUAUAUUCUUAAUAAACUUAUAUCUUAAUGUUA